CGAAAGGAACAUCCUCCGUGGUUAGCGCAAACAGCGAAGCAUAUAAGAAGCCCCAUUCGCAUCGGCGACUUCGGUGGCACUUCGCGGUCUGUUCCUGAAACCCAAGCAAGAAGACAGCCAUGAAGAGAGCGCUCUCGUUGCUGGUAGCAAUAUGUAUUGCUAUCCAGUCUUCCGUAGCGCAGGAAUACAGCUACACGGACCAGUUGCGUAUGGCUCGCGACCAGGCCUACGGAGGAGAGGCGUCAGAUGUCUGUAAUCUGGAGAGCGAUAUGGGACCCUGCAAGGGAUUCUUUCCCAGAUACUACUUUGAUGCGCAUCAGGGUAAAUGCACACAAUUCGUCUACGGAGGUUGCUAUGGGAACCUCAACAACUUUGAGACGUUGGCCGAGUGCCAAAGUACUUGCGACGGAACCUCGAGGAAAUUCGGUCCCAAAGCGUCGGCACGUGGUCUUGCGUCGGAAUCCGAAGACGCCAAUAUACCGAGCAUCUGCAACCAGCCUAAAGAACGAGGACCAUGCGCCGGUUACUUCCCGAGGUACUACUACGACUCUAUCGGAGGUACCUGCAAGGCCUUCGUCUAUGGAGGUUGCCUAGGAAACGAUAACAACUUUCCUACCAUCGAGCAGUGCAACCAGACUUGUAGUGGCGCUUCUCAGCCAGAAUCACGCAAGAUGAUACCUUCCUUCGUUAUCAAAUCAAGCAGCAGCAGGAUUGUGAUCUGCCAUCUGAAACCUGACAGAGGACCGUGCCCCGGGUACCUCCCGAGAUUUUACUACGAUCCCGCCUCGAAAAGCUGCAACCAAUUCAAUUAUGGUGGUUGCCAAGGAAACGCCAACAACUUUGAGUCGACUGAUGAGUGUAUGAAGGCUUGUGCGGAAGUCUCAAGAAUCCCCGUGAACGAAUGGUCUGCUCGUAGCCUCAUGUCUGAGUCUGAAUUGGCGGAGAAACCCGCUAUCUGCAACCUGCCGGUAGACAAGGGACCUUGUUUGGCCUUCGUUCCAAGUUACUAUUUCGACACUGCGGAAGGUAUCUGCAAAGAAUUUAUUUACGGUGGAUGCAAAGGAAACGACAACAACUUCCACACAAUUGAGCAGUGCAACCAAACCUGCGGCGUCUCAAGAACCCCAUCCGAAGAAUGGUCUCCUCGCAGUCUUACGUUGGAGUCUGAUUCGGAGAAGCCCUUUAUCUGCAACCUGCCGAAAGCCACAGGACGUUGCUUGGCCUACAUCCCAAGGUACUAUUUCGACUCCGCGGAAGGAAUCUGCAAACAAUUUAUUUACGGUGGUUGCGAAGGAAACGAAAACAACUUUGAGACAAUUGAGCAGUGCAAGCAAACCUGCAGCGUCUCAGGAACCCCAUCGAAAGAAUGGUCUCCUCGCAGUCUUACGUUGGAGUCUGAUUCGGAGAAGCCCCCUACCUGCAACGUGCCGAAAGACAAAGGACCUUGCAAGGGCUACUUCCCAAGGUACUAUUUCGACUCCGCGGAAGGGAUCUGCAAACAAUUUAUUUACGGUGGUUGCCAAGGAAACGAAAACAACUUCGAGACAAUUGAGCAGUGCAAACAAACCUGCAGGGUCUCAAGAACUCCAUCAGAAGAAUGGUCUCCUCGCAGUCUUACGUUGGAGUCUGAUUCGGAGAAGCCCUCUAUCUGCAACCUGCCGAAAGAAGAAGGACCUUGCAAGGGCUACUUCCCAAGGUACUAUUUCGACUCCGCGGAAGGAAUCUGCAAACAGUUUGUUUACGGUGGUUGCCAAGGAAACGAAAACAACUUCGUGACAUUUGAGCAGUGCAACCAAACCUGCAGCGUCUCAAGAACUCCAUCGGAAGAAUGGUCUCCUCGCAGUCUUACGUUGGAGUCUGAUUUGGAGAAGCCCUCUAUCUGCAACCUGCCGAAAGAAGAAGGACCUUGCAACGGCUACUUCCCAAGGUACUAUUUCGACUCCGCGGAAGGAAUCUGCAAACAAUUUGUUUACGGUGGUUGCCAAGCAAACGAAAACAACUUCGUGACAUUUGAGCAGUGCAACCAAACCUGCAGCGUCUCAAGGACUCCAUCAGAAGAUUGGUCUCCUCGCAGUCUUACGUUGGAGUCUGAUUCGGAGAAGCCCCCUACCUGCAGCGUGCCGAAAGACAAAGGACCUUGCAAGGGCUACUUCCCAAGGUACUAUUUCGACUCCGCGGAAGGGAUCUGCAAACAAUUUAUUUACGGUGGUUGCCAAGGAAACGAAAACAACUUCGAGACAAUUGAGCAGUGCAAACAAACCUGCAGGGUCUCAAGAACUCCAUCAGAAGAAUGGUCUCCUCGCAGUCUUACGUUGGAGUCUGAUUCGGAGAAGCCCUCUAUCUGCAACCUACCGAAAGAAGAAGGACCUUGCAACGGCUACUUCCCAAGGUACUAUUUCGACUCCGCGGAAGGAAUCUGCAAACAGUUUGUUUACGGUGGUUGCCAAGCAAACGCAAACAACUUCGUGACAUUUGAGCAGUGCAACCAAACCUGCAGCGUCUCAGGAACCCCAUCGAAAGAAUGGUCUCCUCGCAGUCUUACGUUGGAGUCUGAUUCGGAGAAGCCCUCUAUCUGCAACCUGCCGAAAAAGGAAGGACCUUGCAAGGGCUACUUCCCAAGGUACUAUUUCGACUCCGCGGAAGGAAUCUGCAAACAAUUUGUUUACGGUGGUUGCCAAGGAAACGAAAACAACUUCCUGACAUUUGAGCAGUGUAACCAAACCUGCAGCGUCUCAAGAACUCCAUCGGAAGAAUGGUCUCCUCGCAGUCUUACGUUGGAGGCUGAUUCGGAGAAGCCCCCUCUCUGCAACCUGCCGAAAGCCAUAGGACCUUGCAAGGGCUACUUCCCAAGGUACUAUUUCGACUCCGCGGAAGGGAUCUGCAAACAAUUUAUUUACGGUGGUUGCCAAGGAAACGAAAACAACUUUGAGACAAUUGAGCAGUGCAAGCAAACCUGCAGCGUCUCAAGAACCCCAUCGAAAGAGUGGUCUGCUCGGGGUCUUACGUUGGAGUCUGAUACGGAGAAGCCCUCAAUCUGCAACCUGCCGAAAAAAGAAGGACCUUGCAAGGGCUACUUCCCAAGGUACUAUUUCGACUCCGCGGAAGGAAUCUGCAAACAAUUUAUUUACGGUGGUUGCCAAGGGAACGAAAACAACUUCGAGACAAUUGAGCAGUGCAAGCAAACCUGCAGCGGUCCCACACGACUGUACGAGGCUCGAGAAGUUUCAAAGACGCAAAAGCCUCGCACGCCUGUUGCUCCUAAACCCAGAAGCGUCAUCGACAUCUGCCAACUUCCACGAGAGGUGGGACCGUGCAAAGGAAACGUUCCCAGAUAUUACUACGAUUCCGAGUCACGCAGCUGUAAGAGAUUCGUCUAUGGGGGUUGCAAAGGAAACGCCAACAACUUCCACACGAAGAAGGAAUGCAUUAAGACGUGCAGAUAUACAUCUGGACAGCACGAGAGCCAACACAGGAGCCCUAUCAUAAACCCUGUCCCUGACACCCGAAUCUAUUGGGGCGACCACUAGCCACAAGACAUGGAAGCGCACGUGCUUUCGACACCUGUAGUAUAUUAAUUGUUCUUUCUGUGUUUCAUUAAUAAAUCACGUGGUUGUCACUACCCAA